GCUUCAUCGACUUCAUCGUGGAGCCCACCUUCUCGGUGCUGAGCGACGUGGCCGAGAAGAUGCUGACGCCGCUGGCCGAGGACGGCGCCAAGGCCAACAAGGGCAACAACCCCUCUGCCCCCCAGCAGGCCAGCUCCCAGUGGAGGCAGCAGUCCCUGGACGAGCAGCUGGAGCUCGGGGACGUCAAGGCCGACCUGGCCUCGUUCCGCUCCACCUGGACCAGGCACAUCCAGGAGAACAAGCAGAAGUGGAAGGAGAGGGCGGCCAGCGGCAUCACCAACCAGGCGUCCAUCGAGGAGCUGUCGCCGUGUGAGGACCCCCCGGCCCCCCCCCACAGGGAGAACGGGGACGUGGAAUAACCCCGGGAGGAGCGAGGUCCUGGUCCAGCUGAGUGGCACCGUCUCGUCCCGAGUCUUCGACGUCAUCGAGUUCAGCACCAUCUGCAGGGCAGGAGCCCCCCCCGGGGGUGGGCAGGGGGUGGGCAGGGACCGG